AUGACGGAGAUCAUUCCUCGGUCAUCCUACCUGCAGCCAGGUAGCCCCGAGUUCUGUCGUGUUAUGCUACUCAGCAUUCCAGCGACGUCCUCCAGAGCCACCUGCUGUCCGCAGCCAAAGCACGCGCCCUUUACUUCCUCCCCGCUCGCCCGACACCGCCUGCGCCCGGCGGGCGAGCAGACGCGCCGUUGCGCCCAGGCGGGACCUCCCGCGCGGCCGCGGAGCGUCCUUCCCGGGACCCGGCGGCCCGCGGCGAGCGCUGCUCCCCUUCGCUUCCGCCAUCUAGUGGCCGCGCCCUCGUCCGCUCAGCUGAGACUGAAAGGUGGGAAAAUCCCCAUAAGGUGGACUGCCCCAGAAGCAAUCGCCUACAGAAAGUUCUCCUCGGCAAGUGACGCGUGGAGCUAUGGCAUCGUCAUGUGGGAGGUCAUGUCCUACGGAGAGAGACCUUAUUGGGAAAUGUCUAACCAAGAUGUCAUCCUGUCCAUUGAAGAAGGUUACAGACUCCCGGCUCCCAUGGGCUGUCCAGCGUCUCUGCACCAGCUGAUGCUCCACUGCUGGCAGAAGGAGAGAAACCACAGACCCAAAUUUACCGACAUCGUCAGCUUCCUUGACAAGCUGAUCCGCAGUCCCAGUGCCCUGCACACCCUGGUGGAGGACAUCCUGGUAAUGCCCGAGUCCCCUGGUGAAGUUCCCGAGUAUCCUUUGUUUGUCACAGUUGGUGACUGGCUGGAUUCUAUAAAGAUGGGGCAAUAUAAGAAUAACUUCAUGGCCGCAGGGUUUACCACUUUUGACCUGAUUUCAAGAAUGAGCAUCGAUGACGUUAGAAGAAUCGGAGUCAUCCUCAUUGGACACCAGAGACGAAUAGUCAGCAGUAUACAGACUUUACGUUUACACAUGAUGCAUAUACAGGAGAAGGGAUUUCAUGUAUGA